UAGGCAACCAGGAUGGCGACAUAGCAGCAGGCAGGGUGGAUGCCUAUUUUCCAGGUCCCCGCCCCAGCUUGCUUAACUCCCGCGAGGUCCUGCCAGAGUUUCCGCUCAAGCUUCCAGUCUGGCCAGCUCUUAGACGCCUUGCUGCACCCACUUUCAUGCUUACCCCAGGACUGGCCACGAGUUCCAUCUGGUGUCCCAUUCUUCGCUGCCCACUCAGGAGCAACUCUGUCAUCUAGCCCACUUCGGGGCUCCCAGAGAACACAGAGCUAUACAAUCAUCAUUUGAAGAGCAACGCUGAGCCUAACCAAGAUGUCUGUGAAAAUGACAGCAGCCCUGCUCCUGCUGCAGCUGAGUGGCUUCUUUGGAUCUGGGAGUGCUGGGAAGGUGCUGGUGUGGCCAAUGGAAUACAGUCAUUGGCUCAACUUAAGGACAAUCCUGGAUGAACUUGUGAAGAAGGGCCAUGAAGUGACAGUUCUGAUACCCUCAGCCUCCCUUUCUUAUGAGGUUGGAGACACAUCUGCUAUUAAAUUUGAGACAUACCCUUCAUCCACUUCCCUGGCUGAUGUGGCAGCAAUUUUCAUGGAAUCAAUCAGGAAAUGUGUUUAUGAGCUGCCAAAGCAAUCAUUUUGGGGAUACUUUGUAUUGUUGCAAGAAGUGGUUUGGGAAAAUUCAAAUUAUUUUGAAAGUCUCUGCAAAGAUGUAGUUUUUAACAAGGAACUCAGAAAACCCACAACACUCGCUGAGACAAUGGGGAAGGCAGACAUAUGGCUCAUUAGAACCUACUGGGAUUUGGAAUUUCCUCACCCUGUCUUACCAAACUUUGAUUUUGUUGGAGGACUCCACUGCAGACCUGCCAAGCCUCUACCAAAGGAAAUAGAAGAUUUCGUCCAGUCUUCCGGAGAACAUGGUGUGGUAGUGUUUUCCCUGGGGUCCACGGUGGGUACCCUAACAGAAGAAAGGGCCAAUGUGAUUGCAGCAGGCCUUGCCCAGAUUCCACAGAAGGUUCUUUGGCGAUUUGAAGGCAAGAAGCCAGACACCUUGGGCUCCAACACUCGGCUCUACAAAUGGAUUCCCCAGAAUGACCUUCUCGGUCAUCCUAAAACCAGAGCUUUUAUUACUCAUGGUGGCACCAAUGGCAUCUAUGAAGCGAUCUACCAUGGGAUCCCUGUGGUUGGCAUUCCUUUGUUUGGAGAUCAAUUUGAUAAUGUUGUUCACAUGAAGACCAAAGGAGCAGGGGUUCGAAUGGACUUUCUCACAAUGUCCAGCACAGAUUUGCUCCAUGCAGUGAAGACAGUCACUAAUGACCCUUCGUGA